AUGGAUACAACUACAGCACAUAACUAACCUUAAUUUGAAACAUUUGAGUCAAAAUUGAUUACAGUUCAAGGAACUUCUUCUCUUCCCGCUGAACACUUAUACCGUUUACGAAAAACAUUGCAUCCAUAGACUACUGCUAAUUAGUUUCAUCUGAAUAAAAUCUUAAAUUCAUCAGUUAAUGGUGCGAACCAUUUCUGCCACUUCUGCAAUAAACAUACAUCAACACCUACAUCAAAGUAUUGUGCUUGUUAGGACAGGUAAUAUCAUCUAUUAUGUCUAAUAACUCACAUAAAAUUAGAAUAUAAAUAAGGAAACGGAAUUAUGUAGUGCCCUUAUUGCAAUUUGUAUUACCCCACAGUUUUAGAAACUAAGUAGAUAUUACAAUUUAAGUUAGCUUAUCAUAUCGAAACUUAACAAGAAAGUAGUAGAUCACAUAUGCAUCUGCCUUUUUAAUUUUACUAUUAAUAAUAAUCGUUGAAUUGGCCAUUAUGAUAACAAUGAACCUUGAACUUCCAUUCUAUUUCAUUUUAGCCAUACUCAUCUUAAUAGAGCUUAUGAUUCUACUGAGAUUAAUUCGAAGGACAAUAAUGGUCGCUCGAAUUGUAAAAUUUUCGAUUAAAGAAUAUUAAUAUUGUGAUGAAAUUAUAUAAACUUUUUAUGCUGAAAACUCUUUUAAAAUAAUCUCAGCACUAAAAAAUAAUAAAGCAACUCAAUUGCUUGCAGAAUGA